AUGAUCGAGGCAGAUUCUCGGACCAGACACAGGGAUGAGACCCUGGAGCAGAUGACGAGGAUGGCCAAGCUGAGGAAGACAGACUCAACAGCUUCAGCAGCCUCGGCGGCUUCGGACUACCAUUUCUUCCCGCCUCCAUCACCUGCUCCCCCGGAUGACUUUGGAGAAUCGGUGGGCACUUUGCUGCCCCCACCUUCGCCUGCAACAGCAGCCUUCCGCCCUCAAGUCGAUCAGGCGGUAAAGUACAUCGUGGUUUCUGGCGGAGUGUGCAGCUCACUUGGAAAGGGUGUUGCCACAUCUUCGAUUGGAGCGCUCCUCCGUGGCCAUGGUUUCCGGGUCACCGCUAUCAAGAUGGAUCCGUACAUCAACAUUGACGCUGGCCUGAUGAGCCCGUACGAACACGGCGAGGUUUAUGUGUUGGACGAUGGCGGAGAAACAGACCUGGACCUGGGAAACUACGAACGGAUGAUGUACCUCUCUCUUGGAAGGGAUAACAACCUUACCACCGGCAAAGUCUACGAGUCUGUCAUCAAGAAGGAGCGCGAGGGAAAGUACUUGGGCAAAACAGUCCAAGUCAUUCCACACAUCACCGGCGAGAUCAUCUCAUGGAUCGAUAGUGUCGCGAGGAAAUGUGCAGAUGGAACCACACUGCGGCCCCAGAUCUGUAUGAUUGAGCUCGGCGGGACGAUCGGCGACAUUGAGUCGAUGCCAUUCAUAGAGGCCCUGCGUCAACUCAAGUUCAACCUGCCGGAGAACUCUUUGGCCUGGUGCCACUGCUCCUACAUUCCGAACAUGAGCGGCCAGAAGACCAAGCCGACACAGCACUCAGUCAAGACAUUGUUGGGCUUAGGUGUCCAGCCAGACCUGAUAAUCUGCCGAUGUCCAGAUCCUGUCGUUGAGGAGACACGGAAGAAGAUUGCAAACCAGUGCAACAUUCCUGCAAGCCGCAUCAUCAGCGCCCACGAUGUGAAGAACCUUUUCCAUGUGCCAGGAAUCUUUGCGCAGCAGCACCUGGUUGGCGUGAUGAAUGGCCUGUUGAAGCUUGAUGACUUGGACGUCUCAAAGGCAACACCCUUGGGUCGCCAGAAAAGCAUGCUUCGCACCUUGAGCGACUGGGGCAGAUUCGCUGACCAAGUAGAUCAGGCCGAAGGUUCUAAGCCUGUGACAAUUGCUUUCGUCGGGAAAUACAACAAGGGUGGUGGGGAUGCUUACCAGUCCGUCAUCGCUGCGCUGCAUCACGCUGCGGUCGCUGUUACAAGAAAGCUCAAAGUUGACUGGAUGGACGCAACGUUGUUGGAGCUCCCAAGCAAAGACAGCCCGAAUUAUGAAGAUGAGCUGAAACGGGUAGCCAGUGCAGAGGCACAGCUCAAAGCCGCUGAUGGCAUCUUCGUUCCUGGGGGAUUCGGAGAUCGAGGCGUGGAAGGCAAAACUCGCGCAGCAGGGCUGGCGCGGGAAUGGAAGAAGCCAUACCUCGGUGUCUGCUUGGGGAUGCAGGUCGCCCUCAUAAACUUCGCCAGAGAAGCCCUUGGUAUUGCAGACGCAACCAGCGAAGAGUUCGACACUGCCAUGAAGUCCAAGAACCAUGUGGUCAUCUUCAUGCCUGAAAUUUCGAAGGACACCAUGGGUGCAAACAUGCGGCUGGGAGCCAGAUGGGUGGAAUUCACCAAGCCAGAGGAGUCUCUGGCAGCCGCCUUGUAUGGUGGCGCAGCACGGGUCCACGAGCGCCAUAGACACCGCUAUGAGUUCAACGUUGCCUUCAAAGAAAGAAUGGAGAAGAAGGGCCUCAUUUUCUCCGGCCAAGACGAGAGCAAGGAGCGCAUGGACAUCAUCGAGAUGGCAACCAAGGAUCACCCCUUCUAUAUGGGAGUGCAAUACCACCCCGAGUACAAGUCGCGCCCUGGCCAGCUGGAAGCAGCCCGAGCAGCAGAGGCUGCAAAGACCAUUUACAAGAAGGAGAAGGAUGUCAUUGGGCAGGACUGGCCGCCCCUUUGCACGGAUGAAAUCAGGGUGGGGCAGCCGGACUUUGCCCCUCCACCAGAAGCCAUCAAGGCGACACAAGAAGCAGCUGUCAAGGGCCUGACAAGCUACACGGCAGUGACAGGAACUCUGGAGCUGCGCCAGGCUGUGGCGGAGUAUUUGGAGAGGUAUAAGAAGGUCAAAUACGCUGCUGACGAGAUCUUGAUCGCUUGUGGAGGCAAACAGGCCAUCUACCAAGUUGUCAUGGCUCUCUGCCAGAAGGGUGAUGAGGUCAUCGUCCCAGCACCUUACUGGACCUCCUACCCUGACAUUGUAAAGCUGUCUGGGGCGACUCCCGUCAUUUUGGAGACCACAGCCGACCAGGGCUACGCCAUCGACGCAAAGAGAUUAGCUGCUGCCAUCACACCGCAGACACGCUUGCUCAUUGUUUGCAAUCCAUCGAAUCCAACAGGCUGCGCUAUGUCCAAGGACCAGGUUGAGGCAGUUGCUGAAGUUCUGCGACAGCCGCAGAAUCAGCACGUACUUGUGCUUUCGGAUGAGAUCUAUGAGCGCAUAUGCUACGACGGCACUGAGCAUGCGUCUUUUGCCGCGUUGAAGGACAUGUGGGAACGAACGCUGACGAUCAACGGGUUCUCUAAGGCAUUUUCGAUGACAGGCUAUAGAUUAGGCUACCUUGCCGCGCCGAAGGACAUUGUGAAGGCAGCGUCCAAGCUGCAGUCUCAGAUAACCUCGUGCGCUUCGAGUGUGGCACAGCAUGCUGGCAUUGCGGCGCUGCAAUGCGAUAUGAGUUACAUCUCUGGCAAAGUUGUCGAGCUUGAGAAGAAGAGGGACCUGGCAUUGGAUCUCCUUGCCAAAAUACCCGACCUCAAGUGCCCCAAGCCUGGGGGGGCCUUUUACUUGUUUCCGGACGUUUCAGCUUAUUUCGGGCGCACCACGGCCGACGGGAAGGCGAUCGAGGAUGCAACUCAACUUUGCCUUCACCUACUGGAGGAGUAUCGAGUAGCGCUUGUGCCCGGCGAUGCGUUUGGGGAUGGCAAGUGCUUGCGCCUGUCAUACGCGGCCACGGUGGAAAACAUAACCGACGCUGUCACCAAGCUGGGCAGCUGCCUCCAAUCACUGCAAAGUGCGAAGAAAGCCCGGACCAGCUGA